UGAAUCUGUCUCACGGACCCGUCUCCCGUCUCCCGCUCGCCAUCCCCGCUACCCGCACCACCCCUCCGGCCGGCCGCUUCGUCGCCGCCGCUCCUCGCAGCCCGGCCCCCUUGCCUCGCCGUAGCCGUCGCCGCCGCCCUCUCGGCCCGGUCCCUCGCCUCGCCGUAGCCUCCGUUGCGGCCUGCCUGCCAGCGAGGGUGAGGAGGCGCCGGAAUCUGGGCUGUCGCCGAGCCGUUUCGAGCCCUGCUCGAUCAUUUCUCUGCUCAACGGAAAGGAGAGUAGGAGACGGAUUCGUGGGUCGUCAGCAGGCGCGGCGGCGACUUCAUCGGGUGUUCGGCCGCUUUUGGCGCGCAAAGCGGACGACGCGCGCGCCCGCCGCCAGGGAUGACCGGCGGUCGAGAUCCGGUCCGAGCUCGCCUCUUCGUCUUCCUCUCCAGCUGCGUGCCCCAGUCGUCCACGAUUCGUUUCAAAGCUCGCUUCCUAGCGAAGCCAGCUUCCAAUCGAAGCGUGGCCAGAUAAAUCUACUACAAACAGGCCUGCCUCAGCGCGCUCUUGCACGGCCGACAGUGGCACGGGUUCGCGAUUUGGCGGCAGAGCGCUGCGACGGCGGGAGGCAGUGUGCCGCCAGCACGGUGAACUGCCGCUCGUUGCUGCGGUACUCUAUUGAUCCCUAGAUUUCCCAACGAACAUGGCGGAGGCGGCUGCCGACUCCUCCAACUCGGCCGUAGACGGCGGCGGCGGCGGUAGCGUCCAAAACGACUAUCCCACCAUUGACCCGACCUCGUUCGACGUGGUGCUCUGCGGCACGGGCCUCCCGGAGUCAGUCCUCGCCGCGGCCUGUGCCGCCGCUGGGAAGACGGUCCUCCACGUCGAUCCCAGCCCGUUCUACGGCUCCCUCUACUCUUCCAUCCCACUCUCCUCCCUCGCCUCCUUCCUAUCCCCCGAGGCCUCCCCGCCCACCUCGACCGCGGCAGCCGCCGCCUCCGAUUCGCAUACCGUCGUCGAUCUCCACCGACGGAGCGUGUACUCCGAUGUCGAGACCUCGGGGGCGGCGCCAGAGCCGGCGAGGCGGUUCACCAUUGACCUGGUGGGGCCCCGGGUGCUGUACUGCGCCGAUGAGGCAGUGGAUCUCCUCCUGCGGUCGGGGGGUAGCCACCAUGUGGAGUUCAAGAGCGUGGAUGGGGGCAGCCUCCUCUACUGGGAGGGCUGCCUCUACCCGGUGCCAGACUCGAGGCAGGCCAUCUUCAAGGACACCACACUUAAGCUCAAGGAGAAGAACGUCCUCUUCAGGUUCUUCAAAUUUGUGCAGGCGCACAUCGCUGCCGCCUCAGCUUCUGCUGAUGAGACGGGACAGGGGGAUGCAUCUGCCAAGAUACCUGAGGAGGACCUGGAUCUCCCCUUUGUUGAGUUCCUCAAGAAACAGGGGCUUCCUCCCAAGAUGAGAGCGGUUGUGCUGUAUGCGAUUGCCAUGGGGGAUUAUGAUCAAGAUUGUGCUGACCCUUGUGAGAAAUUGAUUACAACAAGGGAGGGAAUACAGACCAUUGCUUUGUACUCCUCGUCCAUUGGGAGGUUCUCUAAUGCAGAAGGCGCUUUCAUUUAUCCUAUGUAUGGGCAUGGUGAGCUGCCUCAAGCUUUCUGUCGCUGUGCUGCGGUUAAGGGCACCCUAUAUGUGUUGCGGAUGCCAGUUUCUGCACUUCUUAUGGAUGAGGAAAAGAAGCAUUUUGUAGGUGCCAGAUUGGCAUCUGGUCAGGAUAUUUUGUGCCAACAAUUGAUAAUUGACCCAUCUUAUAAGAUUCCCAACUUGGAUGUCCCAUUUGAUGGUUCACAUUCUCACUUCCCAAGAAAAGUUGCAAGAGGGAUAUGCAUAAUUAGCAAGUCCGUGAAACAGGGAUCAUCAAAUGUUCUUGUUAUUUUCCCUCCAAAAUCACUAGAAGAGCAGCAGGUUGCAGCUGUUCGGCUUCUUCAGUUGAGCAGCAAUCUCGCAGUAUGCCCUUCUGGGAUGUUUAUGGCAUAUCUGUCUACUCCCUGUACUGAUGUCUCAGCUGGAAAGCAAUGCAUAAAAAAAGCAAUAGAUGCUCUUUUCAGUCCUCAGGCUUCAGAUGGUUCAGAAGGCCAUCUUGAGACAGCCAGUGAAAGCACUGAGGAUGUGAAGCCAACAGUAAUCUGGAGCUGUGUGUAUGUUCAAGAGAUCACACAGGGAACAUCCGGUUCUUUAUUGUCAUGCCCCAUGCCUGAUGAAUACCUGGACUACAGAAACAUACUGGGAUCAACAAAAAAGUUAUUUGCAAGUAUCUAUCCUGAUGAAGAGUUCUUACCUAAAAAGUCAGCUCCUGUAUAUGCCGAUGAUGACUCUGAUUCUGCAGAGUAAAACCAUCUUUCUAGAGGGCCUAUCAUUUGGUUGGAGAAUACCGUCACUGAAGAUGCAUGAAGGCAUGGUCCUCUAUGUCGUGGUGUUCCUUGAAGUUCAGAGGGCAAAAGAGCGUCACAAGGGGUGCCUGUGGGCUUGAUGUUGAUGAGCAGUUGCGCUGGAUUUCCAAUGUACAGGUGGCCACUGGCUGGUCAUAUACUGCAUUAGUAGGAAACGGUUCGAGGGUGGGAUGUGGUACCGUAUUCUCCAAAUGCUAUGUGGACAUAUUACGCGCAUGCUCGGUGCAAAUGGCCUUGUAUGGACUUGCAAACCUUGUUGUACACAGGAUCACAGCAAAUAUACGGGAUACAUGCUGAACGCUUGAUAUGAUUCCCCUAUUAAGUCAUUUGAGAGAGAGGAAGGGAGGGCAUUCAAAAGACUUCUUUUCCCCUAGUUAAACUGCUGAGUGUAUUUUUGGAUGGCUAAAUCGGUGCGCGGACUGCGUUUCCACAGUACCUUUCUUU